UUGGCGCGUUUUGAAUAACGGCUGUGGCGCGGAGAAUCUACUGACGUCAAUAAGGCCUACACUUUAUCCACUGCCUUCUGUUUCAUGCUGGAGUUGAAGUUGAGGCCCGUGGCACCGCCAUCCGAUGAAGGAUAAAUGUAUCAUCAAUGGCAACACCACAGAUACCUGCUUCUUCAUGUGAAACAUCUCCAUUGAAACCUCAAGAGAAUGCAGCAAACGUAUCAUCAGAGUCCCCACUGACUACAGCAGCUUCUUCGGCACAGCAGCAGGCAAGCACUCGCAUGCUUCCACUCCUGUACAUCCAGGGACCUGCAGGAAUGCGGGUUGGAACCAGCAGUGCUGGGACUAUGCCAGUUUCAACUACUUCGACUGGAACUCAGGUUGUAUCCAGUGCCAUUAAACCACAAUUUGUAACAACAAAUGCGCAAUUCAUUUCUACUUUGGCCCCAAAGUUGGCUAUGGCUCCUGUUGUUGCACCAUCAACCAUCUCUCCAGCAUCAGUGGUUACUACAACCACCAGCUCUUCAAAACUUGCGUCUGCAACCCUGGAGCAACAACAGCCACAGCAGCAGCACCAGCAGCAACAAUCUCCACCUUCACACUUUGUAAUUCAGGCUCCACGCACAUCAGGAGGAUCCACUGCUACAAUAGUUCCUGUUUCUGUAGGUGGCCCUGGAAUGGGUAAACAUACAUUUGCUUACUUGGGAACUAUCAUUAAGCCAGGAAUGGGAGUUGGCAAGCCUGGUGAAAGCCCUCAACUAGUACUUCCAACAGCAGGAUUGGUUCCAGCAAGUAAUCAGAAGCUUCUUUUGGCUCCUGUCCCAGUUCUUCCCCAGUUAGCACCAGCUCCACCUCCUGCAAGCAACAUCACUACACCAUCAUCAUCUCAACAACCAAAAGUAGCUAGUCUUCUUGUACCCAUGACAAUCCCAGCUGCAGUUGGAGGAGGGAAGAGUGGUAUGAUCAAUCUCAAGAUCUCCAAUGGUCAGAUCCAUACUGAGGGGAAAGGAUCUGUUACUGUACUCCGAGAAGCAAAGCCAUUAUCAGGUAGCGUGGGACAGCUACCUCCCCUACAACCUAUUGCCAAAUAUUCAGGUACAAAGACAACCAACAUAAAAGCUAAUGGGUUACUACUGCCAGAUUCUACAACUUUGACCCCAGUGAAGGAUGUUACUACUUCUGUAUCAGUAAUAACAAAGAAACUGGCCAUCAGUGAUGAAAGCAACAUCAAGAAAAAUUUCACCGUGAAUAACAACAACAACAACAAUAAUAAUAAUAAUAAUAACAAUAACAACAAUAAUAAUGCAGAUGAUAAGAAGAAGCUAAAUCAAGAUUUGAACAGAUGUCUGAAAGAAACUGUAGAUGCUAUCUUUUCACCAAAUAGCCCUUCCCUGAUGAACGAUAAUGACCGGGAUGAAAUUAAUUCGGCUGAUGAUGAGGUGACACUAGUCAAAGUAAAUCCGUUGAAGGAGUCUGCUAUGAAAGAAGAAAUGACAAAGGAGCUUCCAGAUGAUGAUGUCAAGAUUGAAAUUGUAAAACAAGAUAUAAAGGUUGAACAGAGUGAUGCAAAUGCUGAAGAUUUUGAUCCAAUGAAAGUUCUAGAAUGGAAAGAUGGAAUUGGAACUUUACCUGGAAGCAAUCUUAAGUUCCGUCUGAAUGAAUUUGGGAUGAUGGAGAUGGUAGAUGAUGAAGAAUAUGAGAAACUCCUGUCUUCCAAAAAGAGUGAGGAGGAUGUUAAAGAUGAACCCACUGAACUAGUAGGCAUUCCAAAAGCAGAAAGUGAUACAGGUAGAAAGAAAGAUGAGAAUAAUGAAGGAACUGAUAAUCAAUCAGAGAGUAAGAAUGAUGUCACAAAAAAGCCGGUUGGAACAUCUGAUGACAUUUACUGCUGUGAGGGCUGUGGUUGUUAUGGUCUAGCAUCAGAGUUUGUGAGCUCUAGAUUCUGCAGCCAUACAUGUGCUUCUUCAUUUGCAAGUAAGAAGGCUGCCGAGAGCAAGAAAGAAAGAGAUCUGUUGCAAUUGAGACUCCGUCGACGCAAGAAAAGACUCCUUCAACUUAUGCAACAGCAGUUACAGAACCAACAGCAAGUCUCACAGCAGCAGCAGCCCCAGGGGGAUAAUGGGAAGAUUCGAACCUCAGCUGUACUGUCUGCAUCUUCUGUAACAUCUUCAUCUGUUCCUGCUUCCACAAAGACACCAACCCUUAGCGAAGAAGAAAAUAUGUCCAAUGAUGGGACCCAAGAUGCAAGCAAGCCUCGAUUACCAUGGCAGACUGGCAAGAGUGGUUUCUCAUGGGCCAAGUACUUGGAACAUUGCAAAGCCAGAGCAGCUCCUAUAAAAUUGUUCAAAGAUCCUUUUCCAUAUUCAAAAAAUGGCUUCAAAGUUGGAAUGAAAAUGGAAGGGAUUGACCCCGAGCACCCAUCCUAUUACUGUGUUCUUACAGUGGCUGAUGUUCAAGGUUAUAGGAUAAGGCUUCAUUUUGACGGUUAUUCUGACAACUAUGACUUCUGGGUGAAUGCGGACUCAAUGGACAUAUUUCCGGCUGGAUGGUGUGAGAAAAAUAAUCAUCGUCUCCAUCCCCCACGAGGCUACACACUUACCACUUUCAACUGGAGUAGCUACUUGAAGCAUUGUCGAGCUCAGGCUGCCCCACGGAAUCUGUUUGCCAAUAAGACUGGCAGUUCAAUCUGUCCAAAUGGUUUCCGUCUGGGAAUGAAGCUGGAGGCUGUGGACCGGAAGAACUCUUCACUGGUGUGUGUAGCAACAGUAGCAGAACUGAUGGAUAACAGAAUUCUAGUUCAUUUUGACAGCUGGGAUGAUAUAUAUGACUACUGGGCUGAUCCAAUGUCACCAUACAUACAUCCAGUGGGCUGGUGUGAGGAACAUGGACAUACACUUACACCACCAAAUAAUUACAGCAAAGGUGGAAGUAGCAGAUCAUUUUCAUGGGAAACCUACCUCAAAGAGACCAAGUCUGUAGCUGCUCCAGCACGAGCAUUUAAGCAACAUCCACUCAGUGGUUUUCGUCGAGGCAUGAAGCUAGAGUGUGUAGACAAGCGAGUACCCAUGCUAAUUCGAGUGGCAACAGUGGAUGAUGUUGGAGAACAUCAGAUCAGGAUAAAGUUUGAUGGCUGGCCAGACCAAUACAGCUACUGGAUAGAUGAUGAUAGUGCUGAUAUUCAUCCUAUGGGCUGGUGUCAGAAGACAGGACAUCCUCUUGAACCACCACUAACCCCAGAAGAACUGGGGGAAACACCUGAAUGUCCAACACCUGGUUGUCAUGGGCUUGGACAUGUGAAAGGUGCCAAAUAUGUGAGUCAUCAUACUGCUGUCAGUUGUCCGUAUUCUCCUCAGAACCUCAACAAGGAGGGUCUUAUUCCAGAUAGGAUACUUAGCAAAACAGACCAAGGUGAAAGCAAGGAAGACACGAUAUCUAGAGAAAGGAGUAAACCUGCUGAGGGUAAGAACCCUGUUGGUCGACCACCUAAAUGGCGACGUCUUGAGUUGACUGAAGACUCAAAGGCUGCAUCUCAAGAUCCUGAUUGGAAGCUAUAUGAUGAAGACAGCAGUGAAAGGCGGAGAAAGAAAAGAAGACUCCUUUCUCAAGAGGAACAAGGGGUAACAACUGCAGCAAAGCCCCCCGUUGGUGUCGCUUCCGUACAUCCCAGUGUCGACACAGAUCCCACAUGUCAAGAGAUGCGACAGUCAGUAAUGAAUCCGGGGUAUGAGGUGAAGCCUGACCACCUCAGUCCAAAUAUAUGGGCCAAACAUUCACGCUACCUAAACCAGUAUGUUCAAGCAGUGAAAAAUGGCAAUCCAAAUAUGUGGUCAGUAGAGCAGGUGGCUCAAUUUGUAUGGUCUAUUCCAGAUUGCUGUCAUGUAGCCCAGAAUUUCAAGGAACAGCAAAUUGAUGGAGAAGCAUUACUAAUGAUGGCACAGAAUGACCUUGUUCAAUACAUGGACAUGAAGCUUGGACCAGCAAUAAAAUUGUAUAAUAGCAUAGUGCUCCUUCGACAACGGACUAAGCAGAGUUGAGAAGAAAGAAUCCCUAAUUAUGUACAAUGGCAUUUCAUUCAAUAAUCACGUCUUUCAUACUCUCUAAGAAAUUCACAUCCAUCCGUAUUUUGUUUCACUGAAAGAAACAAGUUCAGUUUCUACAUAUUUUUUUCUUUCUUCCUGUGUUAUGUUUAUAGUAUGUUAUGUAAAUAUUAUCCAGUAUAGUAUGCUUUACAUAUACUGUACUUUGAAAGUGU